AUGUCCUCCACCGUCGAUAUUGUCACUAUUGGCAAUUACAAGGAGAAGCUGCCGAGAUGGGAUCCCAACAGCAAAAACCACCGCUAUGCCCUGGUUGACAUGGGAAGCAAUGGCAUUCGGUUCUCUGUCUCGGAUCUCUGCCCUCCUCGGGCCCGCCUGCUCAAGUGUCUCUACCGAGAAAGGGCGGCCAUCUCGUUGUUCGAUGCCCUGAACCGGCCAUCAACAUCGGCACAUGGCGACCAUCCCUUGGUCUUCCCCGAUGCGACAAUCAAGCAAGUCUCGCAGACACUGGCACGCUUCAGGUCUAUUGCUGUCGACAGCUAUGAUGUGCCUCCCAGUCAGCUGAUCGUCUUUGCGACAGAAGCCAUGCGCCGGGCCGAGAAUGCCGCGUCUAUGCUCGAGGCGAUACGUGCCGAGGCUCCCGAUCUGAGCGUGCAUAUCCUUUCGCCUCAAGUCGAGACCCUCUUUGGAGCCGUGGGGGCUCGGUCAAGCUUUGUUGAUGUGAAGGGCUUGAUUCUCGAUCUCGGCGGCGGUAGUGUUCAGAUGACGUGGAUGGACACGUCUGGUACUUCUGGGCAUCAACAGGACCAGGGACAGCCUCUCCCUGAGGUGGAAGCAGCGGUUGCGGGACAGAGUCUGCCGUUUGGAGCUGCUCGCCUCAUCAAGAUUCUCGAUACCGCCCACGUCGAUGUGCAGACGUCCGAAAAAGCCAAGCUCCAAGAUGGCAUGGCUAAGGCUUUUCAGACACUGUGCGCCAAGUUUCCUACCCUCGCCCAGCUUGCUGCUGAGGCGAGGGGGAAGGAGGCGGGGAUCGAUAUCUUCCUCUGCGGCGGAGGGUUCCGGGGUUACGGAAGCAUGAUCAUGCACAAGAAUCCCAUCCAGCCCUAUCCGAUCCCAUCAAUCGGAUCAUACACGGCCUCUGGACAGCUCUUCAACAAAACCAAGGAGAUGCUUCAAGUCAACAAGUCUUUUGAAGGCAAAAUCUUUGGCAUGUCAAAACGCAGACGUGCCCAGUUUCCAGCCAUUGUCACUGUUGUUGAAGCUCUCAUUGCAGCAGUGCCCCCUAUACGUUCAGCAACGUUCUGCUCAGGGGGCAACCGGGAGGGUGCGUUGCUGAUGAUGCUACCUCGGGAAAUCAGGAACAGCAAUCCUUUGUCACUUCCAGAUGACAUUGAGAGCUCAAUUCCUUCGGGUCCAGCACAAGGUGGCACAACCCUACAAGCCCUCCUCAGCACCUUGCACUCGGCAUUUCCGCCCGGUUUCGACUUGACCAGCGUAGCCAGCGUCUUCAGUCUGCAGCUUGGUCCCCUUUACGCCAGCCACAUUUGGUGUCGAAUGGGCGAGAGUGAUGCUGCCAACGCGUCUUCUGCUCUCCACGAUGCCAUCAACCAUCCUGACUCGCCGGGUCUGACGCAUCUGGCUCGCGCGGUUUUGGCUGUGACUCUCUGCGCACGCUGGGGCGCAAACCUGUGCCCUAUCGAUCAACAGCUCCAGCGGAAUCUUCGCGAGCUUGUCGAUGCGGCAGAUCCGAACGCUGGUUUCUGGGCAGACUAUACGGGGGCUGUAACAGCAGCACUGGCAACAGUCAUUCCAGCGUGGCCCAAGUCUAAUGAGGCCAUCAGGGACAAGAUCUCGUUCCGUUCCAGCGCUGAGCAGGGGAAGAAGUACAAGUUACAUCUCGAGAUCACCAUCAGCAAAGAGGCCUCGAGAGGUCUCGAUUUUGACGACUUGAGGGAGUUGUUCAAGAAGGUCGGGAAGCAUGGUGACGAAAAGAAGAAGGUUAUCGUCACAGUCAAUGUACUUGCUUGA